UAUUCCCGCGCUCCAACGGAAAGCGCGGUCCGUAGGGAAAUCCUGCCGGACGACAUAACCUCGAAACUCGUUAAACGGAACCAGGUGCCAUGACUCGGCGUUAACGCGUGCGCGAAAUAGGUAUUCCUCGGCGUGGGGAACAACGAGGGACAAUGGCGGCCGUUUAACGGCGCCGCCGCGAGCAAGGUCUGAUCGUUCUCGAGUCCCUCCAUUCGGAAGUCGCGGCACUAACGUUAACGAGUUCGACAUCUUAAAAUGCGCUAAACGCCUCCUGUAUAUAAAAGAAUCGGGGGACGGAAUCAAAAAUUCCAGAAGGAAGAAGAACUCGACGUAGGGGAAUGAUAUAACUCCGGAGUUUACCUCGGAAAUGUCGUCGGCGAAGCAGUACACGAGGGAGGAGGUGAACAAGUCGAACGGCACGGGGAAGACGCUGGUAAUAAUUCACGACAAGGUGUACGACGUGACGGUCUUCCUGAACGAGCACCCCGGGGGCGAGGAGGUCCUGCUGGACCACGGGGGUAAGGACGCCUCGGAGGACUUCGACGACGUCGGCCACUCGGAGGACGCCCAAGUGCUCAUGAAGCAGUAUAUGAUCGGGGAGCUGGUGGAGGCCGAGAAGACGAACAAGACCCCGAAGAAGGGCUGGGUGGCGGGCUCCAGCUCGAAGAACCCGGAAAAGGACAAGUACGUCUCGGGUCCAGGACUUCCGUUCUACUUGCUCGUCGUGGGACUCCUCGCCGUCCUCUUCGCCAUCUACUACUUGCGCUAGCGAUACCUCCGUUCUCUCUCCCUUAUCGCGUAUAUUUAUCUCAUUUUUUUCCCCUCCCGUCGAGGACGAUUCCCCCCGGUGAGUGCGUAAACGUACGACGGGAGAUGUUAACAAACUGCGUCGAGGGGGAAUCGGACCCCGAGUCCCGUUCUUAUCACGGUGCUCUAGGUUCCUUAAGUGCCCUGGUUAUCGUGCGCGGGUAUCCGUGGAGCCUCGAAGGAGUGGCCGAGGAAACGUCGCCCCCUUUUUGUCCCGAGAAUACCCUCUCGACGUCCUUUGCCGUCGGUUCUUCGGACCGGAGCGACUAACGCGCUUCUUUUUCCCGACGAUGAAGCCGUCCAUUGUGGCGGUCGUUACGCAAAGUGCGUAGGAAACGUACCGAGCUGGGUAUUCUCGGUAUGCGGCACGACGUAGAGCGCGAAUUCCCGUUUUAUGGGGUAUUAUACCGUGUUUAGCGUGUACGCGAUGGUAACGCACCGACAUUUGCAUGGAAACGGUCCCUUGUUCUUGAUACAACGGUUCGGCUCUCUUCUUAUCGCCGGGAACACUCGUGUUCCGAGAAGGGCACCGGAGUUCGUUUUGUUCCCCACGUUUCCCAUUGGCCGGCCACUUUUGCCGUUAUUACUCGGCUGGCAUUCGUCAUAACGCGAACGCCGUUAAGUAAGAAUUGUACAGAGAGGAGGACGUCCCGUUGGACUAACGGGAAACAACGCGUCAACGACAAACUGCUCUUGUCGGUGCGCCGUACUUUAAGUGGAUAAUAAAACUAGGUGAAAAGGAAAGAUUACCGGAUUUCCGCGGCUAUGGGAAAUUAUUCCCCGGAUCCGCUAAAUCGAGUUCGACUUCGCGCGGCAUAUCGGGGAGGUGUAUUUUAUACAACUCCACGUGCGAAUAACGCGAGAAUUUCGCGAGAGUAACGCCGAAAUCCACCCUCCGCAUAGGUGCAUUACUCAAAACCCUAUCAGCCAGUGAUCAAUAAGUUAGACCGGGGAGGAAAAAAAAAGAACCCCGGCGGAACGAAACAGUGAUAAAAAGAGAUUCCGAUACCGGGAGCAAAAAGUCGGCAGCGUUCCCCCUAGCUCGCGUUUUUACGUAUUUUCCUAGCAUGGCCGUCAAAGUGUAGAUCGACAUAGGCCGAGUACAUCCCCGAAUGCGCUGGUGCGCCUUUCUUUCUCUCCUCUUCCAACCUUUCCUUCUUUUUUUACGGGGAGACUAAAUUUCCGCAAUUCCCGCUCACGGCCUCGGCGUUCCCGUUAAUUUGCACUUGAAAAACAUCGACCGACUCCCGGAAUUCCUCACUCGUAUGGUUUGUCGAUCUCCUGCCUCCAUUGCCUCCCCCCACCGGAAAGAAGAAACGAGCAUUGUCCGUGCCGCGAAAAGGGAAACGGGCGCCGAGGGCGUCGCUCGCUCGCUAAUAAUUAAUCGGAUAAGUCGGGGGCCCGUUAAUGGCCGCGGUGUGAUCGCGGCCGAGCAACUGGAGCGCGAGAAUUUAACAACGCGAAGGGGAGGAGAAACCCCCGAGAGAGGAGGAAGAGCGAUGAUAAUAAAAGAGAGCGCGAGAGAGAUGGUUACGCUCGUCAUGAAAUUUGAUUUUGACGCGGUUGACAAAUGAUUGCCACCCCGACCGCGAAACGACGACCCGGCGCCUCGAUUUCGAAUUAUUUUUCCACCCUCGAAAAAGGGAAGGAAGGGACGACCCAUCGAAUCGUCGGAGGACCAUCCGCCAUUAAGGGGACGUAAAGUCGGUGACAACCCCACUAUAGGACACGAUAGCCAGGAUCAUGGCGGUAAAAAGUGCACUUUUGUCUCUCGGGGAAGUCAACAUUGAAAUGGGUCGAGGGUCGACUAGUUUUGAUGGAGCGAAUCCCUGUAAUUCCAGGAUGGAUUUUCAUUGUCUCGCGGCGUGUCGAUAUAAAAGAUAAGGAUAUGGGAUACAUCUUCUUCGAGUUCUAAGCAGGAAGUAAUUAGUUUUACUUUCGGACGUAUGGAACGAUUUUCUUACCGAGCGAAAUGUCGAUCUGGAUGUUAGGGAUGUGGGAUAUCUUCUAUGAGCUCUAGGUUGGGAGUAAUUAUUUUUAAAUUUGGGCGGAAGGAAUGACUUUUUCUUUCAUGGUACAGGGUUGGAAUGGCGUCGGGAUUUGAGGACGACGCGAGUCCGACAGAUCCGCGGAAACCGUCAUUAAAAUGGGGACGAAUCGCGAGCAGGGCAUAAAGACGGCGAUAAAAGCGCAGUAUUUCCACCGUGACAUAUUCCGCCGUUUGGUGCGCCGUGCCAAGUACUCGUCGAGCCUUGUCGUUUUUUUCCUUCCUUGACGAUACCGAUUGCCAAAUGCGAUGGCGCGCAUGACGCCUAUUCCGGGGUGCGCGACGAUUCCCGAGAGACGGUACGCAAUUAAUGGAUAAUAAAUCACAUUUUCCGUAUCGAUGGCGUCCAACGUUGGCGAGCGAACUUCGGGAUAAUGAUAAACGCAAUUACACGUUAAAGUGCAAUUACGUGUCCGACACUGCGCCCAGAUGUUAGGUACUGUCAAAUGGCUGAUUAUACCAAAUGCUUCGACGGCGAAACUUCGGUCUAAUUGCUCCGUCAAGUUUCUAAUGGAACAAUUGAAUUACACCGGGCUCGUUCAACCAGUUAGCCCCGGCGCUCGUUCUUUACGGAUUUGUAAGCUGCAAGCUGCAAGCUGCAAGCUGCGAGCCGAGAGGAUUGCGAUCCAAAGGAGAGGACGUCCGCGCCCGGUAAAAUCAGUUUUCUUUGGACUUAAAGGCCUCACCCGAGACCCGGCCAUUUCGAUGGCGAUUAAACCCCGGCCCCAUAGACCUCGGCAAGUGAGGAUAAAGCUCGAGUGCACCCUUUACGGGUGCGUUAAUGCGAGAUCGAUAAGCCCGGCCGCCUCCUUCGGGCAUUCUUAAUCACCGGAGGAUUAAUUUUAUGUCCGGCCAGAUCGUCACUUCCCUCGGGAUAAUUCCCCGGUCUAAAUCUUACGAAAGAGCAACGAGGUACUUAACAUUUUUCUAGACUUUAAUUAUAAAAA